AUGGAAAACGACGAUGAUGGACCACCGAUGCUGGUCGCUGCCGGCGGUAGCACAGAUCCAGCCGAGAGCGAUCUGAUGGCUGAGAUGGAAGAUGUAAAGAUUGCCAAAGUACCCAUCACCAUUAUUACAGGCUACCUAGGUGCUGGUAAAACAACUCUCCUCAACUAUAUCCUCACCGCCCGCCACGGCAAGAAGAUCGCCGUCAUACUCAACGAAUUCGGCAACACCUCCUCCCUUGAGGCUCGCCCAGCACCGGCCCCAAUCACCGUCUCUGGCUCAUCCGGAACCACAGCAACCGAGUGGCUAAAUCUCGCCAACGGCUGCAUCUGCUGCACUGUCAAGGACGCCGGCGUCAAUGCUCUGGAAAGUUUGAUGGCUUCGCGUGGCGAGAACUUCGAUUACAUUUUACUGGAAACCACUGGACUGGCGGAUCCGGGGAACUUGGCGCCGUUGUUCUGGGUGGAUGAGGGGCUGGGGAGUAGCGUGUACCUGGACGGUGUGGUUACCGUUGUUGAUGCGGCCAACUUGGAACGGUCGUUGGCUGAGCCGAUUGGAGAUGAGAGAGUAGAUGGACAUGCUGACGGGGAUGGGCAUGGAAGUCCGCUGCUCACGGUGGCACACCUCCAAAUAUCGCAUGCGGAUGUGGUUGUGCUUAACAAAGCAGAUCUUGUGACGCCGGAAGGGCUGGCGGCAGUGGAGGCAAGAGUGCGAUCGAUCAACGCUCUUGCUCGAAUCAAGGUCACCCAUCACAGCCAAAUCUCGGAGCUGGAGGGUCUAGUCCUGGAUCUACAUGCUUACGACAAUGUGAGCAAGGAGAAUCUAGCCUUCGCCAGCAAAGGCCACAGCCAUCUCGACCCGGCGAUCGUGACUGUCACGCUGGAAUUCCCGGUGCUCAGCGAGACUGGGCUAAAGAAGCUGGACGCUUGGUUAAGAAAGGUGCUCUGGGAGGGCCAGCUACUUGGAUCCGGAGAGGAGAGUGAGUGGGAGAUCCAUCGACUGAAAGGGCGAGUGGCUCUCAAAGGCGGUCGUGUCAAGAUGCUACAGGGCGUGCGGGAGAUCUUUGAGAUGAUCGAUGCCGCUGAUACCAGCUCUGCACCUUCUGAUGAGGUUGAGGAAGCUGGAAGGAUCGUGAUCAUUGGUCGCAAUAUCAGCGAAGAUGGUCUGCCAGCGACGUUCCAGCGGAGUCUUAAUGCCUUUCUCAGCGAUUGA